AAUUUUUUGAAAUCCGUAUCUUGCAUUUCUUCUAUCUCAUCAUCUUCAUACUCUUGGCUUGGGGUGUUUUGCUUAUUUGCUUACUUUACAGAAAAGUCUCUGAAACUGUGAAGUGUCUGGAGGAAUUGUUUUUUUGGAAUCACACCUCAGCAAGUGUGAUGAAUUGCCAUGAAGACUGGUUAACCAUUCUUGAGAGAUUCUUUCUCUUAUACUACCUUCAUUUUUUAGUUUCCCAUUAUUAUGAAUGGAACCAGACAAAUGAACUGUGUUUUCAUGUAUAAAGUUUGCUGACAAAUAUUCAACACUUGCAGCAGUUGAUACAACAGUUAUUUCAACAGUUUUUUGAAAUGCCGUCUUAAUCAAUUAUAAAUUUAUUUGUUGUACAUUAGUUUUGAUGUCUGUGCAUGAUUUUUGCCCAACAUUAUUGUAGUGCAAACGAGUGAUGUUGAUAUAGGGUAAGUUAGAUAGUUUAAGUUCACGAUCUGGAAGCCACACUUUACCCACCCUAUGCUCCUAUAUCCAUCUACCUGACAGUCAGAUAACCCCUUCUCCAGGAAAUAUUUCUCCUUACCCAGAACAUGGAGGUGGUACCCUGUGCUUUCUAAUCACCUAUAAGUUUGGGUAAAGAGGAGGUGGGAUCUUCUCCUGGAGCAACAGCCAGCAGGGCAUGAAAAUCACUUUCAUCUUCUCUGGCCCACUCUCCAAAGAAAGUCCUCAUGUGCCUCUGUAUUUUCUUCACUCAGAACUCAAUUUCCACAAUAUUGCUAAGCUCUCACCUAAAUAUGUGUUUUUAUCAUGGAAACUAUGAAUAUUAUGUUUGAAAAAAUUUACAUAUGUGCUUAUGUUGAAGACUUUGAAAUGAGUUAGCGUGGGUUUACCAUGUAACCCUGGCUAUAAUCACAAGUGCCAAUAAAGUCACUCAUGUCACUCAGCUCCAUCACUUUCUAAUUCAUGACCCUGGACUGCCUCUCUGAGCCUGUUGGAUCUCCCCUCCUGCUCAGUGAGGCCUCAAAUUAACUAGUUACACACUGCUGAGAGAUGGAAUCAUCACAAAAAUGUGGAGAUAGCAUGGACCAUAACUGGAAACAAUCCUUGGUCCAAUGUAGGCUUUGUUCCUAGUCUGCCCCAUGAGAUCUAGCCACUACCUCCACACCCACUGUCUGCAUCACUCAUGGAGAAGCAGGGUUCUUCAUGGGGACACAAAACAUGAUACCUUAUCAUAUUCCUAGGACACACCAUUGACAGUUCAUAUUCUACAACUGGUGGAUCACAUCCCUUUCAAAAUUCUGACCUAUAUACUCCUUUACUUUUUUUCCCACUAGGUUAUAUGAAUCUACCUCCAGUACCUACACCCCCUCAGACUAUUAUCAGUGGAGGAGACCACCACAACACAUCCUCUUAUUCAGUAUAUAUGGGAGAACUCAUGUCAAUGCGAGGAAACUGCUGCACCUGCUUCCCGGCGAAGAGGCUCUUCAGGUCGCAGCGGCGUCAGACUCGAAGCUGCUGUCUCUGCCGCCUAACUCUGGGCUCACUGACGCCACUGACAGGGAACAUGAGCCGGCUGCACAACUCCAUAGAGCCGCGCGUGAUGGACGACGAGAUGCUGAAGCUGGCCGUGAGCGAGCAGGGGCCUCGCGAGGAGGCCGGGCAGCUGGCCAAGCAGGAGGGCAUCCUCUUCAAAGAUGUCCUGACCCUGCAGCUGGACUUCCAGAACAUCCUGCACAUUGACAACCUCUGGCAGUUCGAGAACCUGCGCAAGCUGCAGCUGGACAACAACAUCAUCGAGAGGAUCGAGGGCCUGGAAAACCUCGUCCACCUGGUCUGGCUGGAUCUGUCCUUCAACAACAUCGAGGUCAUCAAGGGCCUGGACAGCCUGGUGAACCUGGAGGACCUGAGCUUGUUCAACAACCGGAUCUCCAGGAUCGACUCCCUGGACGCGCUGGGCAAGCUGCAGGUGCUGUCGCUGGGCAACAACCAGAUCGACAACAUAAUGAAUCAGCCCACUCCGCUGCCUGCGCCAUAUUCCGAUGCCACGCGAUGUACUUCCCCCGUCCCUUGGAGGUGGAUGCUGAAGUUGCUCCAAGCUGGUGGCAUCACACAGACCACCUCAGAUGUCCUUGAACCCCAGGAUGACCUCGAGCAGGGGUCACGUGCGCCUGGGUCAGCCCACAUGCUGACCCACAGCGAGGGUUGCUGGACCAGAAGGCAGGUGCAUCUUCAAUUUGGACGGCUCUCUGCCAGCUCGGCCUCCGGGGAAGUGGAACCGUUUACAAACCCCCCGGUGUGGCCCGCUGCCUGUCAACUUUCUAUAGCGCGCUCGCUUCUGAGGCUUUUCUCUUUGCCUGCCAACAAGCUGAGAAAUGGAAUCUCACCGGGAGAUCUCUAAAAAUGAAAUCCGGCCCCGUCUUUUCUCAUACACGCUUCAAACUCCACUGGCUUCCAUCAUCCUUAGAGCAAAAUCCAAACCCUCGACCACAGCCUGCAUGUUUUUUUUUUUUUUAAGAUUUAUUUAUUUAUUUGAGAGGCAGAGUUUCAGACAGACAGAGGGAGAGACAGAGAAAGGUCUUCCAUCCGCUGGUUCACUCCCCAGAUGACCGCAAUGGCCAGAGCUGGGUCGAUCUGAAGCCAGGAGCCAGGAGCUUCUUCCAGGUCUCCCACGUGGGUAGCAGGGGCCCAAGCACUUGAGCCAUCUUCUACUGCUUUCCCAGGCCACAGAGGGAGCUGGAUCCGAAGUGGAACAGCUGGGACUUGAACCGGUGCCCAUAUGGGAUGCUAGCGCCAC